AUGGAUAUUUUGAAAGACAAACCAGGUUCAUGGAGAGGACGUGACAGUGAAUCUGCCCAGUCCAACGUUGUUCCGGUUGACGAAUCCAGAGUCAAUGAUAACUUUGAUCUGCUGAAUACUAUUCUGACUUCUUCCAAGCUCACCUCCGUUGAGGAAGUUUUCCGAGCUCUAGAUGGUUGCUCAAUCAGUGUCUCUGCACAUUUAGUUAAUAAGAUUCUCAGGAGAUUUGCUAACGAUUGGGUUUCUGCCUACGGAUUCUUCAAGUGGGUUGCGACCACUCAGUCUUGCUAUGAGCAUUGUUCGGAUUCCUUUGACUUGAUGGUUGACAUUUUAGGAAAGUCAAAGCAAUUUGAUGCAAUGUGGGGCCUGGUUGAGGAAAUGGGCCAUGAGAAAUUGGUAUCUUUGGCAACGAUGAGUAAGGUCAUGAGAAGGCUGUCUGGUGCUGGUAGAUGGAAGGAUGCUAUAGAGACAUUCCAUAAGAUAGAGAAAAUUGGUUUAGAAAAGGACACCAUGGCUAUGAAUGUCUUGCUAGAUACGCUGUGCAAGGAGAGGAGUGCCAUGCGUGCCAGAGACUUCUUUUUUGAGGUGAGGGAAUCCAUUCCUCCUGAUGCUACCACUUUCAAUAUCCUAAUUCAUGGAUGGUGCAAAGCUAGGAAGCUCGAAGAAGCACGGUGGACCAUGGAGGACAUGAGAGAGUCCAGGUUCAUCCCCUGUGUGAUCACAUACACUUCACUGAUUGAGGCGUACUGUAUGGACAAGAAUUUCAGGGCAGUCAAUGCCACUCUGGAAGAAAUGAAAUCAAAUGGGUGCUCUCCUAAUGUGAUCACUUACACAAUUGUGAUGCACUCAUUGGGGAAGGCGAAGGAAACCCAAGAGGCUCUGCGGGUUUAUGAAAUGAUGAAGAGAGAUGGUUGUGUGCCCGACACAUCAUUUUAUAAUUCCCUGAUUUAUAUUCUUGGUAGUGGUGGGCAGCUACGGGAUGCCUUGUCCAUAUACGAGGAGAUGCAUAGAAAUGGAAGCCCACCAAAUGUGAUCACAUAUAAUACUUUAAUUUCUUCUGCUUGUGUUCAUUCUCAAGAAGAGAAGGCUCUGAGUCUACUUCUGAAGAUGGAAGAGAGUUCCUGUAAGCCUGACAUCAGGACUUACUCUCCCUUACUAAAAUACUGCUGUAGAAGGAAGAGGACGCAGUUGCUGUACUUUCUCUUGGGUGACAUGCUCAAAAAAGACAUCAGCAUUGACCUUGGAACCUAUACUCUUUUGGUGCAGGGACUGUGCAGAAAUGGAAAGCUACAUCAAUCGUGCUCAUUUUUUGAGAAAAUGGUGCUCAAGGGAUUCAUUCCUUGGGAACAUACAUACGAGAUGCUGUUGAAAGAGCUUGAAAGAAAGAAACUCAACGAAGAAAAGGAAAUUAUUAUAAAAUUGAUGGCACGAGCAGUGGAGCAGAACUCAUCUGGUUAUCAUUAUGCUCGGAAAAAGAAUCAAACUGGCUAA